AGGGAGGAUAGAGGCUCUGGGUUUUGACUAGAGUGCUUCAGGAGGUGAUGUACGUUGUGCUCCUAUAUGCUUCUAAGUUGCAUGACAUUCCUACCGUUGUCAAUGUUUCUGGGUGUUAUGAUCUGAAGAGAGGCCGUAAAGAACGCUUGGGAGAAGACUUUAUGCAAAGAAUCAAGAUGGAAGGAUUCAUUGAUGUUCAGCAUCAGCGUGGAAGUUAUCGUGUGACUGAGGAAUGUUUGAUGGAUCGCCUAAGUACAGAUAUGCAUGAAGCAUGCCUUCAGAUUGACAAAGAUUUUCGGGUGUUAACUGUCCACGGGUCUGCUGAUGAAACCGUCGCUGUUGAAGACGCAUUAGAGUUUGCCAAGAUUAUACUUAACCACAAAUUACAUACCAUAGAGGGAGCUAACCAUUUCUACAGCUCACUCUCUCUCUCUCUCUCUCUCUAUGUGUCCAGUUACCUGUUUUUCCUUUUUUCUUUGUUUUGAAAAAAAAUCAUUGAGGGUACAUCUCUGUGUGUGCUUGCCUUAAUAUAUGUAUGUUAUGCUUUUAGGAAGCAUUAAUUAUCUAGUUACCGAAGAAAGCUAGCUUGAUGGAUCGAUGUUUAAUAUAUGUAUGUGUCAUGCCUCAAAGUCGACAGACAA